UUAUUCUGGAGUAGUUCUACUGGUUCUACUUAGCUCUACUACAGUGAAGCAGUAUUCUGUCAUCUCCGUGAUUUCGUACACUACUCUCGUGUUAAAACAUUCAAUUAUUAUUGACCCGCAUAUCAUCUCAAUGUCAGGUAUCGUUCAAUAUGUGGUGAUUAGAGGAGAUUUGACGAAAACAAUGCAGUGGCCUGUCGGAGCCAUCGUGGCACAAGCUUGUCACGCUUGUACAGCUGUAACGCAUCUUUUCUAUGACGAUGAGCACACUCAGGGUUACCUCGCUGACCUUGACAAUAUGCACAAAGUUGUCCUCGAAGCCCCCAAUGAAUCGAGUUUACGAGAAUUAAAUGAGAAACUCGAAGAGGACAAAGUUGACCACAAACUGUGGAUCGAGCAACCCGAAAACAUUCCUACGUGUUUAGUUGCCAAGCCUUAUCCGAAGGAAGACGUACAAAAAUACUUCAGAAAGUUUAAACUUUUCAAAAAUUGAUACACUCUGUAAUCGAUUUUUAUUCAUAAUAAAUAAUGAUGAGAAAAAAAUGAUCGAAAAAAUA